ACGCGUGUUAUUCCGUUUCCGGUAGUCAUGGAGGAGAGCAGACGAUGCUUUUAUGCUUAGACAUUGAACGUAGACGUUCCUUUUCAAAAUUAAUUCACGAUCGCGUUUUUACCUGAAAAGAAAUGGGGUUUAAAUGUCUGCAGCUAACGCUUGCCAUUUUAAAGCCAGAUGUUGUUUCUAUGCCUCACAUAGUACAAGAUAUUCAUUCAACAAUUCUUAAGAAUGGCUUUUACUUUGUCAAAUCAAAACAUUUACAAAUGUCGCGAGAAAGAGCUGAACAAUUUUAUGAAGAACACAAAGGGAAGUUCUUUUUAAACAGACUUGUCAACUUUAUGAGCAGUGGCCCAAUCUGGACUCACGUGCUGGCUCGAGAAGAUGCCAUUGCAGAAUGGAGACGUAUCAUGGGUCCUACUAAGGUCUUAAAAACUAUCUAUGAAGCUCCACAUACUAUUCGGGGUCAAUAUGGGUUGACAGACACCAGAAAUUGUGCUCAUGGUUCAGAUUCGGAAGCAACUGCCCAGAAGGAAAUACAAUUUUUUUUUCCAGAAUUUGAUAUUGAAAAGUGGAAGACAGAUGAAGAACCCUUAUUCCAAUCUGGAAAAGUUCAAUUUGAUGAAAAAUCUUGUGAACAUAUGCCUGUCCUGCAGCAUGGAACAAGUAGCCAAGGUGGUUUAUGAAAAACUGUUUUUUAUUGUUUGCUAAUAUAGAUGCUAUAUUAAGAAAAUUUCAAUUUAUUUGAUAUAGACAUAUUGAUGCAAUUAAGCUAUAGGUACGAAGGCGUUCACAUUUGUGGGUGCAAAUUAUAUACAUCAAGAGUUAAGUGAAAUUUGAUUUAACUUCUUUUGUGUCAAGGAGAAGUAAAACUUAAGAUGUGCUUAUCCAAGUUGUAGUUUCUUUUGAUAAAUGUUUUGUCACCAAACUGUGGAACAUACAAAUUCUGCUGCAAGAAAUAGUUCCAAAGUUUGUAAUUCAGGUAGAGUAUCAUGACCAUAACAACUCUGCCUAUACUUCACAAGUCUUCUCAGUGACAUUCGUUGAAAGAUGAUUGAAACUGGAGUGAAAUUUUCAAUUUGUUACGGUGAUACACUUUUGAAGUUAAUGAUUUUAUUAUGGGAAAUAAAUUGUGACUAGCUGUGCAUAUAUGCAAGCCUGGGCAUGCUUGUGCGCAUGCGUGCACACACAUAUUCACUCAUGCAUAUGGACACAUUUACAGAAAGAGAGAGAGAACAUUCAUGAUUAAAAUGUAUUCAUUUUGCAGAUUGUUAGCUUUUUGGUAGCAGAUUAAAUAUAUCUUCAAGGGACUGACUACAUUUUCUUUCCCUAAAUAUUCUGCUGAGCUUUGCUUCACCAGUUCCCCAAUUGAAUGCAUCUGUUUCUGGUAUAAAGUGUGUAAGAUGAACAAUUGAAUCCAAGUGCAGUGUCUAAUGAACUGUAAUUUUUAAAAAAUUGACUAAUGUACUGGUGCACUGUGGACAAUUCAAAUAGAGCAUAGAAGAUGAAUGUGGGUGUCUGUGUGAACAUUAAUGAAGAAUUAAAAUAUGUAAAACAUA